AUGCACUCCAGCGCUAUCCUCCUCGGUCUCAUUGGCAUUGCCAGUGCCCAGACUCUCAACAUCCCCUCUCGCGUGGGUGACAUUGUCUCUCUGCCUUCUCCUAGUGAGAUCUCUGGCGAUGUUGACCUGGGCAACCGCGAGUACGACCGUGGUCGUGCCUGCGACAGUGAUGAUGACACUGGCGAUGAGAACGCCGUGUUCAUCCUGAAGGACGGCGCAUCCCUGAGCAACGUCAUCAUCGGAGAGAACCAGCUCGAGGGCAUCCACUGCGAGGGAUCCUGCACUCUGACCAACGUCUGGUUCCGCGAUGUCUGCGAGGACGCCAUCUCCAUCCUCGGAACCGGCGAUGCCCUCAUCCAGGGUGGUGGCGCCCAGGAGGCCAGCGACAAGGUCGUUCAGCACAACGGUGCCGGAACCGUCACCAUUGACGGAUUCACCGUUGUCAACGCCGGCAAGCUGUACCGCUCCUGCGGCAACUGCAGCAACAACAAGAGCAACAGCCCCCGUCACGUCGUCGUCAAGAACGUCCAGGCCUCCGGCGUCUCUACCUUGGUUGGAAUCAACUCCAACUACGGCGAUACCUCCAGCAUCAGCGACACCUGUGGAGACGUCAGCCACGUCUGCCAGGAGUUCGAGGGUAUUGAGAAGUCUGAUGGCGGUGACAGCGAGAAGCUGGACUCGACUGCUUCCUGCAAGGGCCAGACUACUCUUUCCGCCUGCUAA